CCCAGCUCCAUCCUCGCACCUCUAAUCCCCGCAGCUUCGACCCAUUCUUCCUGACGGGUUAGGGUUUGGUCACGAAAUCGCCCUCCAUCCCACGAAUUCCCCCCCAUCCCACGAAAUCGAAGGGCCGAGCUCACCCGCGCGGGGAUGAUGGGCCGCCCGGCGUCCGCGUGCGGCUCCGUCGCCGCCGCGCGGGAGGCCAGCCUCCGCCUCCGCCACCGCGGGCCUCGACUGCGCCGGGACGAGCUUCCUCCCUCGCCCAGAUCUGCCCGGCGCCGCGCCCUCUCCCCCGCCGCGUCCCCCGUCUCCGACCUUCGGGACGCCCUUCUUCACCGCCUCCACCUCCGCCGCGCGGCGCACGCUUCGCCGCCGCCGUCUGUGCCUCGGGGGAUCGGGCCGCUCCCCCCCGCCUGCGCAGCCCCGGAGUUGCUCGACCGGCUUGACUUCCUUGAAGCCCGCCCGCCUCCCUCGUCGCCUCAGUCUCCGCAGCGCGUGGCGCGCUCCCCUACUUCCGCAUCCCCCGCGCAGGAGGCUCUCCGCGCGGCGCGCUCUUCUCCGCCUCGAUGGAUCGAGAACCUCUUCUCCGCCCACCUUGCUUCCGCGGCACCCACCGUGCUGGGGCCCCGCCGCUGCCGUCGCCGUCUCGGCGUCGGCGUUGAGGAAACCUCACGGCGCUGCGCGUUCUCCCCUGCUUCCGCACGCCAAGCUCCAGGCCCCUCGCACAUGGGAUUGGGAGUGGGGCUCCCUCCGCCGCUGCCGUUCACGUUCUCGUGCUCGCCGUUACUCACACAUCGGAUGAAUUCGAUGGCUUUGCUGCCGGCCUCCCUUGCUGUGCUGCCCCCUGAAAAACCAGAUGAAGAAGAAAUUUCAGGGCCAGUUCUAAUCAUCACUAAUCUGGAACUUCCGAGAAGCAUUCUAUUUUCUCCAUACACGAUGAAAGCAUUCACUAGUAGUUUGCCAGUUGGCACCGCAGAUGUGCUAUAUUCAAAUGGAUAUUUUUUUCUGCUCAAAGAAGGCACUUAUGUUUCGCUGUGGGAAGUGAAGUCAGAGAAGCGUUUACUGAACUUCCAUGUGGGGAUGGAAAUUGAACAGGGUUAUUUCAAUGGAACCCCUGGUUCAGAUCUUACUGUAGUGCUCGCUAGGCAAAGGAUAUUUGCUGAAGUAGAUGCUGAUGAUAAUGCAGAUGAAGGUGGUGGAGAAGCAGAUAUCGUCACUGAAUUUUGGCUAAGAAGAAUGGAUGGUGUUUGGCAGCAGAAUGCUGUAGUAUGCGGACAUUUAGGCAUACACAGCCUCAUCAUCCACCAAAAUGCUUUGUUUUGGUUAUCCAACAAUGGAUGUCUCUGCUCGGUGACGCAGGAGGAAGAUGGUCUACUACUCCCUCCGUUCCGAAUUAGUUGUCUUAGAUUUGUCUAGAUACGGAUGUAUCUAGCACUAAAAUAAGUCUACAUACAUCCGUAUCUAGACAAAUCCAAGACAAGUAAUUUAGAACGGAGGGAGUACAUCUCAUAGAGUGGGAGGGUGCUGUGGAACCAAUUGGAAACAGCUUUUCUCUGAUUGAAAAUCUUGGCAAUCUUUACAUAGUAAAAAGUGGAGGAGUUUUACCAAAUUUGGCUGGCAUUUACAGAGUUGUCCCUGGUGAUCCACCCGCGUUUCCAGAGACCAGAAUGACCGGGACAGACAUCUUCAUUGUGCCCGGGAGGACUGGCAUUGUUCUUCCUAAUCAAACAGACGACAGUAGAGUCUUCACUGCUCCAAUGGUAGCGGACGCCGACUGCUCUCGGUUCAGCUACGUACACAAUCGUCACGAUAACAUCAGGCCUUGCGAGGGCGAAGUAUUUCACAUGUGGUGUUCGGCUGCCUGGGUAGUGAUGAAGCCCCGUCUCUGAGUAUUCGUUCAUCCUUCGGCCAGAUGAGCAUGAGUCAAAUUGAAUGCUUCGGUGCAAUGCUUCUGUACAAAUGUUUCUGCCAACUGGUGGAGUGCGUUGCAGGGAAUGCAGUCAAGUGUAACAAGCAGUCAGCGCUGCAUUCACAUUCACUGAUUACAGCAAAAGAAAGUGUCACAAGUGUUGUAGCCAAAGGCCGAGGAUAAAAGGGAAUCACCUAGAACUAAUACGUCCUUAGUUACCUGGGAGGCUGGGACCUAGUCUGCCGAGUGUAACUUCUGGUGCUGCUACGUACGUUUUUCUUGUACUUUUUUUUUUUUGAAAAAUGGAUCAUAUGGGAGCAUGUAUUAGUUCAUUUCUUCAUAUUAUUAGCAGGGCUGACGGCUGGACCGUUAGAGGAGGAAGGGGGAGGGUGCUCGCCGGCAGUGGCAGAGCUAGACAAACAAUUCCGCAAUGACUUUUUUUGGGGAAAGCAUGAAUGUUUGUA